AUGAUCUCCACAGCAUCCAACGCUGACAGAGUUGAGUGGCUGUUGAGAAGGCGCUUAGAAGGAAACAGCAAUGAAAUUUCACAGGACAACAGCUUCAUCGAUGACAUAGACCUCAUAUCAGAGGAGUCACCACUGCCUGCUGUAUCUGAUGUGGCACAGUUAACUGAAGCACACCGAAUAGCUGUCAAAGUCAUAAGGAGAAUGCAAUAUUUUGUGGCCAGAAGAAAAUUUCAGCAAGCUCGAAAACCAUAUGAUGUACGUGAUGUAAUUGAACAAUACUCUCAAGGACACCUUAAUAUGAUGGUUCGCAUAAAAGAACUUCAAAGAAGACUGGAUCAUUCCUUAGGGAAGCCUGGCCUUUUUCUUCCAGAAAAAGGGGUAGACAAAGGAUACUAUACUGUAGGAGCCAGACUGAUCCGGUUAGAGGAUAAGGUCACACAGAUGGACCAAAAGCUUGAUGACAUCCUGAGCAGUCUCCAAACUCAAUUUGGCACUCAGCCACAAGCGCAGACAUCAACCCCAGCCACCCCAACUGGUAGACGUUUUCGGUCAUCCUUGGAUUCCCCUCCUAUGAACCGGAAAAUGUAAAAGCAGCAGGAUACCACGCGGUCACCUUCUCCUUCUUUCAAGUAUAGUUACAGUACUUUUAUUAUUGGUGUCUGGAACUUCUGCAUUCGUCAUUGGUUGAAGUUAAAUAUUCUGCAGCAGUCUGUUAAAUUAAAAAAAGCCCCGAUGUGUACAAACCCACAAACUUUUGCACCCAAUAUCUUAGCAAUUAUGGGAGAAUCUGUGUCAGCUUGUGGGAUGCUGAUAGUGCCGUAGUAUUUAGGCGGACUGUACCCAUACACACACAGAGAGCACACUGUUAAAGUGAGAAUCCCAUAACAGGGUAGAACAACUCUCAUUCAUAGGUGAAACGAAAGAGGAUUGCCUUUUUGGCAUUCACUCUUCUGUUCACACUAGUUUAAUGCAUGCAGCAUGCUCAAGCAGGGGAGGGGGCCAUCAUUUGAACAUGAAACAAAUGGAAAUCAGUGAACAGGAAAAUUAAACAGCAUGUUUUGAAGUAAAGACUUCAACCAAGCAGCGAAGAUCAUGAAAGGGGCAGAUUUAUCUGCUAGUGUGAAUGACAAAGUAAAGACAACAGGCUACUGAUUAAAAAUAUGAAAGUGUACAGAGGCUGGUUGACAUGCGAAAGACUGAAGCAAGACCUCAGCUAAUUAAAGCAAAGCGUUUGCCAAUGAGACGAGAUGCACGUUGGAACAGACAGAAAUGAGAGAUAAAAUCUGCUUUGGGUAACAGCACAAGAACAUUUUAAUAGCUAUCAGCUGCACUGAUGACUGUUAUCCAGAAUGUUCUCACUGUUUUACUUUCAUUCAGUGACAAUUAUUGACUCCAGUUGCCUUAUUUUUAAUAAAUGAAACCUGUAUAAUAACGAGAUGCAUAAAAACAUGCAAAACCCAGUUUGAAUGACUGAACUAACCCUGUACAGCCGCAGUGCUGACAGCGUGCUUUUGAAUGACAAUGUUUUGAAAAAACAAAUGCACACACACUGUAGAUGAAAGCUAGUCUUUAUUUCAAUAAAGUGCUGUAUAUAACAAUGCCGCGUUUUCAUGUAAUUUGAUUGUAAAUUGAGUACAGAUGCUGGCUGAAGUAUUGUUUCUGUGAAAUGCUAAUGAUGUGUACAAUUACCCGUGUAAGAAAAUGUAUCUUCUCUUGCACAUCAGCCAAGCAAUAAUAUUGCUGAAU